AUGGCUCCCAUAGGAGACGAUGGCGGUGACUCGCCCCGCAAGGCCUCGGCCGGCGAGCUGACGCGAGGCGACGGCAAGCCUUCCCUCGGCGAGGAGGAGAAGCUUACCCCCGUCCAGAUCAAGUGCUCCGCCGGCGAGGAGGAGAAGGUCACCUUCGUCCAGAUCGAGCGCUCCGCCGGCGAGGAUGACAAGCUUACCCCCGUACAGAUCAAGCCCGUCGGCGGCGAGGAGAAGCUUGCCCACGUCCACAUCAAGCCCGUCGGCGGCGAGGAGAAACGUACCCACGUCCAGAUCAAGCCCGCCGACGGUGAGGAGAAGCUUACCCAAGUCCAGAUCAAGUCCGCCGACGGCGAGGUGAUCAAGCCCUCCUCCGCCCAGGAAUCCACGGAGGUCAAGCGUGGCUCCUCACCGAAAAGGGGGUUAACUGAGUUAGAGGGCACUGGUGCUUCUGAAGGAGAUGUGAAACGUCCAAGGUCUUGCAAGGUACCUGAGCUAUUAACUGACACUGAGUUCAAGGCAGAGAAAAAUAAUGACCAGGGCCCAGAUGAUUUUGGCUGUCUGCAAUUGCUUAAUCAAGACGUCAUAACUCUAAAAAGGAAUCUUGCCCUUGACCUGGGGAAGGAUGACCUUGUCAACAAGGUUGUGGCUAAACGACCAAGGAAAACUGAAGAAGUUGUCGCACAAUCACCUAGGGAGGCCUUCACGAUAAAGACACUCAAAAGUCUUGUGAAGUUUACUGAAAAGCGCCUGAGUGUUGCAGAAGGGCGUUUUGAGGGUCGUGAGAUCACUGCUCUAGCUCGUGAUCUUCGCCAGGACGACCGGGAUGUUCGCCAGGACAAACGUGAUGUUCUCCAGGACAAUCGUGAUGUUCUCCAGGACAAGACUCGAAUGACCUUGGCUGAGACCAAGCGACAACUUGAUGCCAGUUUCGAAAAAUACUCUACAUGGAAAGCUGCCUGUGAGCAGCAGAACAUGGAGGAGCAGCAGAAGCAGAACAUGGAGGAGCAGCAGAAGCAGAACACGGAGGAGCAGCAGAAGCAGAACACGGUGGAGCAGCAGAAGCAGGACACGGAGGAGAAGCAGCCGCAGACCACAGAGGAGCAGGAGAACACGGAGGAGCAGCAGAAGCAGAACACGGAGGAGCAGCAGAAGCAGAACACGAAGGAGAAGCAGCAGCAGACCAGGGAGGAGCAGCAGAACCUGGAGGAGAAGCAUGAGCAGAACAUGGAGGAGAAGCAGAAUGUUGCGUCCUUUGUUACACAAGGUCUCGACAGAGCUGAGUCAGCUGUCAAUCUGGGUGAGAGGGUUGUCAACCUGGGGGAGAAGGCUUCAAACGUUGCUACUAGGGCUGGGAAUCUGUCGAGGCCCGGUGAUAAUUCUAGGAUACUGCAAACUUUCCUUGGCGCGGUUGUGGCAUGCGCAUCGGCUGUUGCAAGGCAGGCCUUGCAGGAUUUGAAGGAUAUGGUUGCUGGUGGAGAAGAUUCAAGUGACAGUCAUCCGACUGGCGAUGAUUCAAGUGACGAUCAUCCGACUGAUUGAUGUCUCAGGGUGAGAAUUUUUGGGCAAGAAUGUUGCUAGCCCGGCCUGAGAAUGUUGGUUGUGGCAAACCUGGCCAGCUGUUAUGAUCAUUGUUGCUUAUAUGUCUGUAGGGAGAGUCGGAUGAAAAUGUUUACAUAGUUUGCACCUUAUUCUGGAGGAAUUUUGCAUCUUGUCUUACGGUUUGUCCAAGGAAUCAGUAGGCUAUGCUGAUUUUUAGUUCA